AUGGAUCCCAUGAAAAAAUUUAACGGAAUGAAAAAUAUGGGAGGAAAGGAAGUCCGAAAAAGAAGAAAGAACAAAAAGGACCCUCUGGCACCAAAGAGAUCAUUAUCUGCAUACAUGUUUUUUGCAAAGGAAAAAAGAGCUGAAAUUAUAACUCGAGACCCUGAAUUAAGUAAAGAUGUUGCUACUGUUGGUAAAAUGAUUGGAGAAGCAUGGAAUAAACUGGACGAAAGGGAAAAGGCACCUUAUGAAAAAAAAGCACAAGAGGACAAACUGAGAUAUGAACGGGAAAAGGUGGAAUAUGCCAAAACAAAAAUAAAAGCAUAA